GCACGUCGUUGCCCCCCCCUUCGACAUCGCCUUUGAGUGCACCGCGCCAAAGGAUGGGCGCAUCGGCAGCGAACACAAGCGUUGCCGGAUCAGACGAAGUUGACAGGCAGGCAUGGGAGUCAUGUCGGCAACAGAUGCGUCAAAUGGCCGCAGAGAACAUAACGAAUGGGGUGUCCAGGAUGCAUGUGGCGAGUGGAGAACCGAAUGCAGAAGACUCCCAACGGGCGAGCGAUUAUGAAUCUACAGAUGUGAUUUGCGAAGACGAAGCGGAAGACGCGGACGACAUGGAGAUUCGACCCCUGCCUGUGCGUGGCAGAGGAAGGGGUGGAGGCGUGCGUCAAGAGAAGGCUGUUUCCCAUGGCGGUCGGCGCUCGAAGGGUCCGCCAGGUGAGAAGGCUGGGAAACAUCCGUCGUGGAGUGUUAAGAAGAUGAUGAAGCUCGCCCGGACGAAGAGGGAUCAACAAGCUCAUUUCGAGGGCAUGCCGCACAACUACGGACGGAUGUGCAACAGGGAAUGGAAGUUGCAUGACCUUCAAAAGCAUUUGUUGGAGGUGGGUGUGGACAGGACGAGUGACGACAUUGGCAAGAAGUGGGACAACCUCUUCCAGCAGUACAAGAAAGUGCAAGGGUAUCAAAACGGCUCUGGAGGGAAGAACUUCUUCAACCUCACACAUGCAUUGAGAACAGAAGGAGGCUUCAACUUCAGAACGGAGAUUCUGAAGCGCGUGUACGAUGAGAUAGACGCCAUGUCGAAGGGCAAUAAGACCAUCUACCCGGACAACGUCGCCGACACAAACGCCCGCGGAGGACUGGAGAUGCCACGUUCCCCGUCCGUUGCUGGAGAAUCUCCCGCCGGGAGUGAUGGGGGUGAUGGGAACGACAACGGUGGAGGGUAGGCGCGGGAAUCCGGCUUAAGUGCAGGCAUCACAGGAGGGAACUGCAAGAGGAAGAACAUGUGCCAACAGACAUUCGAGGCCAUUGCUGA